CACCACCUCUACAGCCUUGCUUUAUUAACCGUACUUGCUUCGUCUCAACGCCAAAAUGGUCUUCUGUACCUAUUGUGGUCAGUCUUUUACCAGGGACGAGCACCUGGAACGACACAUCCUCACCCAUACCAAUGUAAAACCCUUUAAAUGCUUCACCUGCCACAUGAGCUUCGCUCGACGGGACCUUCUGCAACGACACUAUACCGUACACGGCCGUAACCAGAACAACGAAGAAGGCCUCCCACCGCAGGGUAUAAUACCUAAAUCUGCCGGCCGCACGCCAAUCGCCUGCAGCAACUGUGCAAAGACCAAGACGAAGUGUGACAAGAAGUUUCCUUGUAGUCGAUGUGCGCAAAGAAACCUGAAAUGCACGUUACGGCCGACUCGGCGAGCGUCCAAGGGCGUCCAGAGAGUCGUGGGACCCCUAGAAGGAGUAACAGCGGAAAGUGGAAGCUCAAGCGAGAAUGGAAGCAACACGGAGCUGCAGAUUACUUCGAAUAGCACAUCUCCUUCUCAGGAGGUGCAACCCCAGCAGGCGAACGGACAAUCGUCACCACCGCAGAUGCAGCAGCCUCCACCCCUUCCAAUCGGCCAGCCCCAGUCCCGAAGACAAUCGCAGUCGCCAUCGAUAACGCACUCGCGGAACCCAUCUAUUUCGCAGCCGGUGCAGCCCCUCUCACAUCCAACUCCCGAAGACAAAGCCAUUCACAUCUCGUUAUCGAACACACCGCCCUUUUUCGACCAAUCUCCCCCCAACCCACUUCCUCAAGCAUCCUCAUUAUUAUCGCCAUUGUCUACGCCAGUCAAUAGCAUGAACGGCUUCGUCUCUUCCACGCCAAUGUCCGGAUACGACGACUUCGUUAGAACAGUGAGAGAUCAACCCGAGAAUGAAACCCCGCAGUUUAUGAUGGAUCCUUGGAGUACCAUGAGCAUGGAUGCGGACUUCGACCCAAUGCGGAUAGAUCCCUCACUGAUGAUGUCCAUGGGCAUGGACAUCAACAUGGGGCCUCCUACAGACGGAAUUCUUGGUAUGAUGCCAGAAAUGUCUCCUCCGCAGGCAUUUGGACCUGUGCAAACUCCCAUACAGACGCCACGAAUGGAUGAGUCUUUCUCAGAUCUGCAAAUAGGAAGUUCAGCCUCCAUGUUUUACCCUUCUAAUCGGCAUUCUUCCAUCGCAGACGCUGGGAUUCCGGAUCUUGGUGCUAUCAUCGCAGCCCAGGAUGGCUGGACUGUGUUCCGUUGCACUCCUUCCAUUCCCUCAAGCUCAUGUCCUCGCACCGCCAAAAUGAAUCUUGAUCGCCUUGAACUGAGCUUGAAGAACCAUGAAGGUUGGAGUAGCUGGAUCCCAUCGUGGGAUGAGUCGGACUUCCAACAAGGCGGCCAGAUAGCGGUUGCGAAACUACAGGAAGCAACCCGGGACAAGCUUCUCGCAAUCACUCAAAGCUUCCUGCACAAAGCUCUAGACAUUCACAAAGACGGAAGCACCUCAUCCAGUAGUGGCGAAUCUCCUGGAUCCCUUGCAUCUGGCUCCAACUUCGUUCUUCUUCCGCCCGCCCGCGUGCUGGAGUAUUUCCUCAAAUCGUAUGCCAACUCUUUCGAACGCUACUAUCCUACCUCUUCCCGUGGUAUUUUGGACACCAAUGAGCUGAUGCAAAAUUACAACGACAAAGCAUCGAGUUUACUGAUCCUCAUGAUGAUUGCGCAGGGUGCUAUGAACAUUCCGUCCAUCGAGGCGAGAUGGUUGACAGGCGGGUUCACGGAAGCGUGCCGGAUUUCGCUUUUCGACCUUAUCGAGAGAAACAUCAUCAUGGCUGGUGACCCUAUUGUACUGCGGGCUGCUCUUCUCUUUACUGUCCAGGCGGCGUGGAGUGGCGACAAGUGGCAGAUGGACAUCGCCAUGGGCCAGCGGGGUAUGUAUUUUGCGAUGCUUCGACAUUCGGGUAUACUAGAGCCUCGGUCGGUCGUAACUCCUCACAUGAAUGGGAAUACAACGACGGACGCGUUGUGGCGGGACUGGAUUCAGCAAGAGAGCCGAAGUCGCCUUAUCUACUCUUGGGUGAUGGUCGACCAGGAUCUGUCUCUGUUCCACGACACGGCGCCUCUAUUCGCGGUGACGGAGUUUGGGGCACCUAUGCCGGACUCAGAUCGACUUUGGCAGGCUCCCACAGCUGCUGUGUGGUCCGAGAUGUUCAACCAGGUGCAUGAGUUCUCCAAUGGUUACUCCUCGGUGGGUUCAGGGGCUCGACCACUGUGCCUGAGAGAUCUCUUCCGCCAUUUCCUCGACGACGAGAUCGUCGUCCAUGAUGUUCAAGAGGUCCAUCUUACUCCCAUGCACUUGCGUCUGCUCCUUCACCCGUUACAGCUUCUAGUAUGCCAGUAUUGCCAACUCCUCAGUUGCUUUUCCGAUAGCGUAGCGCCAAGGUCGCGAAAUAGGGCGCUCACUGCGGCGUCGACUCGCUUGCGUCUCGAGGAGGCGCAGGCGUUACUGGGGCGUUGGUUCGACCUGGCGCAACGGUACAUGAAGUCCAACCCUAUUUGCCCUAUGAUGCAAAGUAACCUUGUCAUGUUCCAUCUCAUCAGCAUGAAUGCUGUGACCAACUUCCCUGAGAUCGAGAGACUUGCGAGACGCGAGGUUGUCGACGGCUCGUACCAGCAGGUACUCUGGAUGCACAAGAAGUGUCUUUCUGAUGUGCAAGAGGCAAUCACCCACGCUGGUCAGAUCCUCCGUCUUGUCAGAGAGAUGCCUCGAGGCAUCCGUCCGCCAUGGUGGCCCGGUGCCGUCUAUCGUGCCGCGCUCGUCAUCUGGACUGAUUCUUUAACUCAUAACCAGUCGAUCAGUACCAAUCAGCAAGGGGCGUAUCCACCACCCAAUGCUGCGUUCUCCGUAGAUCGUCUACCAGCAGACCAUCAAACGAUCCUCCGGUUCCUUUCGCGGAGAGAGGGCAUCCCAACUCUUACCAAGCGGGAUGGAACACCUGUGCCGCUCGAUAACGGCUUUGCUGUUCUGUCUCACAGCAUCGACGUCAUCGAUGAAGGCGUUGCAACCAGAUUCUCGGAUGGUAUCCGCAGCAAGCUGGAGAAGUUGGCCAGAGGCUGAACGAUCGCACUUUCCUUUAUUUUCUCUUAUCAUCUUCGCUGUUAUCUUCUGACACAUGACGUAUUAGCAGGCGUAUUGGCGUUUCCUUUAUAGUCACUUCCCAGCCUUUGUCUAUCUUUUCUUGUAGAUUCUUAUCAGCGUCAGCGUCGAAAGUUGCUUUGGACAGUAUGGAGGGUCUUCGGACAUAUUUCCCGGUACGGCGUUCAUCGGCAAACGCAUGGGCGGUAACUCGAGUGGUCUGGACAGCGUUUACAGACUGAUUCCGGACCUAUCUGACUGUUAUCAGCAAUGGACUGCACCGCAGCUCAUAAUGUAUAGUACAUAGGUAUGAUGAUUAAGCAGCAGCAAGCAGCAGUGAAUAGAGUGUUAAAGCGU